UGGAUACGGCAGUUAUAAACAAGUAAAGACGAGUGUGAAUCGAAGCGUAGAAUCGAGAGUACGCGUGAUAUUUACGCGAUAAUUUCAAGAUGUCUUUAAUUCCGCGAUUUUUCGACGAACGUCCCUUCAGGAUGAUGGAACGCGAUCUGCUUUCCCCAAAAUUUUACAUGCCUAACUUCAACCAGAUAGUACCUCGCGAAUUCUUCCAGCCAUGGUCAGCCAGACCAUGGGAAGAUAUGUUGAGGCAGAUGGAACAUCUUUCAUCCGCAAUGAACCAGCUCGCUCUAGAAGGAACGAAGAUAUCAUCGGACAAUGAGAAAUUCCAAGUAAACGUAGACGUGCAGCAUUUCGCCCCGGACGAAAUAAACGUCAAGGUUGGUGAUGGUUUCGUGACCGUUGAAGGAAAACAUGAAGAAAAGCGUGAUGAGCACGGCUAUAUUUCCCGGCAGUUUGUUAGACGGUACGCGUUGCCACAAGGCUGCCUGCCAGAUACAGUGCAGUCCAAACUUUCUUCUGAUGGCGUGCUAACUGUGACAGCCCCAAAGGUACUCCCGUUGCCAUCAUCGGGUGAAAGGAUCGUCCCCAUAACCCACACAGGACCUAUUAGAAGACAAAUAGGAUCUUCAGAGUCAGAACAACCAAAAGUCGAAGAGGCAAAUUAAACUCUGCGAUAUGUUUUUAAUUUAAAGACUGAAAGUGCGACUAUUUUUGUGUAUUGUGUUAAGUUUACAGUGUAUGUAAGAAAUAACUAAAACUAUAAUUGUAAAUAUAUUAUUAUUUCGUUAAUUAAGUA